CUGCCGGGAUUUUUUUUUUUCUGGAUACAAAGCGGAAGUGAAAGGUCGGAGGAGAAAUGGAUGACACAUGACCGGGCCAACUUGACGCCUUAUCGACGCCGAUGGAUGCGACGUUUGCCGCCUGCUUGUUGGCUUCGUAAGGGAGGCGCGUGGAUCCAAAAGCGAGACUUUGACAGCGAUGCUAGCGCCUAGCAUGCUAGCAUGUCUGUUUGACGUGUCGUGGUUACGUCCAAGGUGAAGAAAACAACUUUUUGGUUCAAACAAAAACGUUCCACCGGUGUUUUGUUUUUUACGACGACGGACUAAACCGUCUAGACACUUCCGUUAGCUGACUAGCGCAUCUAGCUAUAACCGAGUUAAGCUAAUAGUUGUUUACUUUUCCCCCCUGGCACGACUUGAGACUAAUAAUGCAUCGCGGUGUGGACUGCAAGCUUCACGUCAUCGCAUGGAUGUGAGAAAAUACUCCUUCCUGGAUCAGUGUGUGCCUCACCUAAGUUCUUUUUAACAUCCAAAUUGACCAGCAGAAAUGCGUAUUUCGUCGUUCCUGGCCGUGUUCAGGCCUGUUUUGCCCCUGAUCCUCGGGCUGUCUCUGGGCUGCAGCCUGAGCCUCUUGAUGGUCUCCUGGACUCAGGGGGACUCGGAGGAUUCCUGCAAGGACGAGCUGGGCAACGGGAAGCUGUACCUGGGCAGGGGGGAUGCUCAGAGGGACUCGAGGGACGGAGGCGAGAAGGAGGACUUCCAACCACGUAUCGUGCCCUACCACAAGGACCCCAACAAGCCCUACAAGAAAGUACUGAGGACUCGUUACAUACACACAGAGCUGGGCAUCAGAGAGCGCCUUCUGGUGGGCGUUCUGACCUCCCGGGCAACCCUCAACACGCUGGCGGUGGCGGUCAACCGCACGGUGGCCCACCACUUUCAACGCACCUUCUUCUUCACGGGCCUGCGCAGCCCCAAGUUGCCGCAUGGCAUGGCGGUGGUCGCUCAUGGCGACGACCGCCCCGUGUGGCUGAUGUACGAGACGGUGCGCCACCUCCACCAGCACUACAGCGCCGACUACGACUGGUUUCUGCUGGCCCAGGACGACACGUACAUGCAGGCGCAGCGCCUGUCUGAGCUCGUGGGACACCUGAGCGCCGGUCAGGACCUUUACAUGGGCCGGGCGGAGGAGUUCAUCGGCGGGGAGGAGAAGGCGCGCUACUGCCACGGAGGUUACGGCUACCUGCUGUCCCGCAGCCUGCUGGCGCGUCUGCAGCCACACCUGGACUCAUGUCGCAACGACAUCCUCAGCGUCAGGCCCGACGAGUGGCUGGGCCGCUGCAUCAUCGACUACCUGGGCCUCAGCUGUGUGGAGGUCCACCAGGAUAUGACAUAUCGUUACUUUGAGCUGGGGAAAAACGCUGAUCUAGAGCGUGAAGACAGCAUGCAGUUUAAAAACGCCUUCACCGUUCAUCCGGUGUUGGAGCCCAACCUGAUGUACCGCCUGCACAAGCGCUUCAGCCAGAUUGAACUGGAGCGGACGUACAUGCAAAUACAGGAGUUGCAGAUGCAGAUCAACAACCUGAGCGACUUGACGCCAGAGGGCAAGGCGGGCGUCACAUGGCCGGUGGGCGUUAACCCCCCCUUCCAUCCCAGAACGCGCUUUGAGGUGAUCAACUGGGAAUAUUUCACAGAGGAGCACAUCUACUCCUGCGUGGACACCUCCCCCAAGUGCGAGAUGAGAGGUGCCGACCGCGCUGACGUCAACUCGGUGCUGGAGAUCGCCGUGGAGCGCCUGAACGAGCGCUACCAGCCGCAGCUGCGCUUCCUCAAGCGGCGCCUGCUCAACGGCUACCGCCGCUUCGACCCGACCCGCGGCAUGGAGUACGUGCUGGACCUGGCGCUGGAGGCGUACACCCAGAAGGGCCACAGCCAGGUCAUCGCCAAGCGGGUCAACCUGCUGCGGCCUCUGAGCGCAGUGGAGAUCAUCCCCAUGCCGUACGUGACGGAGGCCACGCGGGUGCAGGUCAUCCUCCCCGUCACUGCCCAGGAUCAGGACUACGUGGGGAACUUCCUGGACAUGUACGUGAUGAACACGCUGGACACGCACGACAACGUCCUUCUCACAUUCCUCUUCAUAUACGACCCCUUUGAUGCCCAGCGGGUCAGCCAGACGGACGUGUUUGCCGGCGUCAAGGCCAUGAUCGGCGAGGUGGAGAAGCGCUACGGUGACGUCAAGAUCCCCUGGAUCAGUGUCAAGACGGAGGUUCCCUCACAGGUCAAGCUGAUGGACAUCAUCUCCAAAAAGCACCCCGUGGACACGCUCUUCUUCCUGGCCAGCGUGUGGACCGAGGUCAACGCCGACUUCCUGAACCGCUGCCGGAUGAACGCCAUCAGCAGCUGGCAGGUCUUCUUCCCCAUCCACUUCCAGGAGUACAGCCCGGCUGUGGUUUACCGCGACCAGCCGCCGUCCGCCGCCUCCGCCUCCUCCUUCGCCUCAGAGUCGCUGCGAGACGGCCACUUCGACCGCCGCGUCUUUGACGAGGCCUGCUUCUACAACACCGACUACAUGAACACGCGCACCAAGAUGGCGGCAGACAUCCUGGACAACGAGGAAAUGCUGGAGAGCAUGGACGUGUACGACAUAUUCGUCCGCUACUCCGGCCUGCACGUGUUCCGAGCCGUGGAGCCGGCGCUGGUCCAGAAGCACGUGCGGCGAGCGUGCAACCCGCGCUUCAGCGAGGACAUUUACCAUCGCUGCGUCCUCAGCAACCUGGAGGGGCUGGGCUCACGCUCCCACCUCGCCAUGGCGUUAUUCGAGCAGGAGCAGGCCAACAGCACAUAGCUACCAAGAUCCAAAUCAUUUCUAAGCUUUGUUACUUGAACCAGACAAUAUUCACACUACACACAACUUUUACUCUGAAGAUGCCAACAACGGAUGUAUCAUUCCAAACUAACAAGGCGAGCUGAACUGCACUCCUUCCUUUUAUACAUCCUGCUGGAAAUUAGUUGAAACCAUUUGCUGCCUUUUUUGGGGGGGGAAAUGUGAUUUUCUUAAAUAUAAAAUAUGACAUCCGGUAGUUUCCAAAAAAGCAGACUCUCCACCAGUGCCCGGGCCGCCAACUCGCCAAACAUGCACUGUGGCUUAUAUCUGCGGAACAAAGCUGAAUGGGUCACUUCACUCAGCGCUGAGCUCCCCACCUGCAUCACCCAAGGGAGGAGCCCACUGUGAAAGGCGUCUUUUUCCUGGCUGAGUGGAACACAUGACACACACACAUUCCAUACACAGCUUGUGUGUGACAGCAGCUUACAUAAUGCCUGCCAUACUUCAAUAAUGACACACACUAGGGGUGUGAAUCUUUGGGCACGUAACGAUUCGAUCCGAUCACUGUGGUGACGAUUCGAUUCAGAACCCAUUAUCGAUUCCAACCGAUUCUUGCAAUGUAAUAUUUGGUGUAGUAACUAUAAUGAAACUUCAAGUUCAGAAAAGCUCCUUGUAGUUGUGUGGAUAUGGCCUAAAAACUAUUUUUUUUAAAUUGAUUCUUAUUUAAAAAAAUUUUUUUUCCAAUUUUUGAAAAUUAUGAAAUGAUGUAGAAUUGGGAUGAAUAAGAAUAGCGAUUCAUAUUUGAAUUAUUUUUUUUUGCACCUGUAACACUCCUUAGGGGUGCGAAUCUUUGGGCACCUAAGGAUUUGAUCUGAUUCUGGUUUCUGGUGUGACAGUUGGAUUCAGAAUCGAUUUUCAAUUCAACACGAUUCUCGAUUCAAAAAGAUUCUCGCAAUGUAUAAUAAUUAUAAUGGAACUUUUUGAAGGUUAGAAAAGCUCCUUCUGGUUGCGUGGAGAAAAAUAAACAAAAAACAUUUUUUUUUUUUUUUUUAAAUCUAUUUUUGAACAUUUAGAAUCGGGAUGAAUAAGAAUUGUGAAUCGAUUUUGUUGUGCACCCCUAACACUCAUACUGAAAUAAUGACACUCCUACUUCAAUAAUGACACUGCGAUACUUGAACGACACAAAGACACUCAGCACGUUGUGGCAUUUACAAACUUUGGCAAGCGCUUGUUUAUUUAUUUACAUCCAGUCCGUCUCACAAAGUUACCCCACUUUUUUUUGUUGUUGCUCCUGGCACUUUUGUAUCUUUUUUCAGCAUUAAACAAACUGAGGAUCAGCACUCUCCCUUUAAAAACAUGCUAUGUGAGUGAACACCAUAAGGAGUUAAUGAGUCACAGCUGUAUGACAACUACAAAAUAAAACUAAAAUAAAAACUA